AGCAGAUCUGAUUGCUUCAUUUUUGCUUCAUUUUUCUAUCUUUCAAGCUGUGAUAGGAGAGAACAAAAAUGGCUUACGCUGCUCUUCUUUCUCUUACUCACAUUCUACAGCGCACCUUGAAAUAUGAUUGUUCAUAUCUUCUUCCUGGUGAGAAACAACAAAUCGAUUCAGUCCUCAAAAAAGUUGUUUUCUUGCAAGAUUUUCUUGAUAAGUUUCCACAAGAGAACAUCGAUUUAAUAGAAGGUUUGGAGAGAAAGAUCAGCGAUGCAGCAUGUCAAACUGAAGAUAUCAUUGAAUCCUGCAUUGCAGAUCGAGUUCUUGAAAAAUCUGCAGGUCAUAGUGGUGACAUCUUUACAACUUCAUUCCAUGAAAUAGCAAAACUAAUUGAAGAAGUUGAUUCCAUAAAGAUAAGGGCAGGGAAGAUCGAGGAUAAGAGUGGCAUACAGGAAGAUUUGGAGUGCAACACCUCAUCGCUUGUUGGUUCAUUAAGACCAGUUUCUUCAGGCCAGAGCACUAUGGUUGGUCUUGAUGAUGCCAUGGUGGAGAUCAAGGACCAUCUAGUCAGCAAUUCAUCACAACUUGAAGUUGUGUCAAUUGUCGGCAUGGGUGGCAUCGGUAAGACUACACUCGCUCACAACGUUUACAUUGAUAAAUAUAUUGAGUAUCACUUUCACAUUUGUGCUUGGUUCACUGUCUCUCAAAAAUAUAAUGUGCGAGAAAUCCUACUAGGCCUCUUAGAUUCCAUGAAAAUACAAAUUGACGGGAGGAGUGAAAAGGACGUUGAUCAAUUAGGAGAACUUCUGUACAAGAAGCUAAAGGGUAGGCGGUAUCUUUUUGUAAUGGAUGACAUGUGGGAUAUCGAGGCUUGGGACAGUGUGAAGAGAUAUUUUCCAGAAGACAAAACUGGAAGUCGGAUCCUUUUGACUACUAGGCUCGAGAAUGUGGCUAAUUAUAUCAACUCUGGUUCUCGUCUUCAUCAUGUGCGUUUUCUGAACGACGAAGAAAGUUGGAAGUUAUUUUGUCAGAAGGUGUUUGGAGAAGGUUUUUGCCCUCUUGAAUUGGAAGAAAUCGGCAAGAAGAUUGCCCAAAAUUGUCGAGGACUUCCACUUGCAGUUGCUGUGAUUGGGGGCCUCCUAUCAAAGGCCACUAAAACACCACAUUACUGGAGUCGCAUUGUAGAAAAUUUAAGUUCAGAGAUAACUUCAAGUGAUGAUCAAUGCUCUAAGAUUCUUUCUUUAAGUUAUAAACGUUUGCCUUAUCAUUUGAAAGGGUGUUUCCUAUAUAUGGGAGUUUUUCCAGAAGAUUUUGAAAUCAAAGUCAAGGUACUUACCAAGUUGUGGGUUGCAGAGGGAAUUCUCAAACCAGCAUGCUCUAAAAUGUUGGAAGACGUAGGAGAGGAGUACUUUUUGGAUCUUGUUCAAAGAAGUCUUAUUUUGGUUAAAAAGAAAGGGUCCAGUGGAAAAAUUAAAACAUGUAGAAUUCAUGAUCUGUUACGGGACAUUUGUGUCAGAGAAGCUCAAAAUGAGAAGUUUUUCCAUGUCAUUGACAGGAGUGUUUAUGAUAUUCAAGGAAACACUAGUAUGCGCCGUGUAAGUAUUCAUGAUAAGAAGACUUCUCUAUCAUCUUUUCAUUUUUACAAUGCAGCUAAAGGGACUCUACAGGGUGAUGACAAAACACUAUCUUCUUUACCGAUCAAAAAAAAAACACAAUCUUCUUUAGUGAUGUUUUCUCACUCUUCAUAUACAGAUUAUUCUUUCGAUUCCUCACCUAGGUCACUUAAAGUACUGCACAUGGAGGGAUUUGAUGUAUUGAGGUAUGGAAUUGGAGAAUUGGUUAACAUGCGAUACUUCUAUUACAGCUUUAGUGACCGAUAUGCAUUAAAAAAUAAACUUCGGAAUCUACAAACAAUAGUUUUACCGACUCAUUGGGGGUACAAAAUGAAAAACCCACUAGAAAUAUGGAAGAUGCCACAAUUAAGACAUGUCAAGUUGGAAGACGUUGUACAUCUUUCUGAUCCUCUUAGUUCAGAAAAUAAGGGGGAAGAAAAUUCUAUUGUUGUUCUAGAAAACCUACAAACACUCUCGAGGAUACAUAAUUUUAGCUGGACGGAGGAGGUCCUAGAUAGAAUUCCAAAUCUACGGCAAUUGGGUAUCUCUUAUGAUUAUUUGACGGAGGCUGGUUGGAAAGAAUACCAUAUCAAUAAUCUUGUCCAUCUAACUAAACUUCAAUCAUUAAACUGUUCUAUUGAAUAUACGCUCCCCAAUUUCUUAGACAAUAUCACUUUUCCGACAUCACUCAGAAAGUUGACUUUAAAAGGCACCGAACUUCAUCCUUCCAAAUUGCUGAUUCUUGGUUCGAUGCCAAAUCUUGAAGUGCUGAAAUUGAAAUGGAAUACCUUCCUUUGUCCGGAGUGGGAACCAAGUGAAGGAGAGUUUCUUAAAUUGAAAUUUCUACUAUUACACGACGUUGAACUGAAGUACUGGAUAGCUGAUAGUAUCCACUUUCCGAGUCUCGAGCACCUAAAAAUUUUUGAUUGCGGACUGCUGGAUGAGAUCCCUAGUGGUUUUGGAGAAAUUUCAACUCUUCAAUCCAUCGAGUUGUAUGUCUGUUGUGAUUCAAUUGUAGAAUCAGCAAAGAAAAUAGAAGAGGCACAAUUGGAUUGGGGGAACGAUGCGUUCAAGUUAAUAUAUUGAGAAGUACUAAAUGUGAUGAGUUUCAAAGUUGUCUAUUCCAAUAAUUUAUUGUCUGCAGUUCAAGAUAUGAGAGCUCAGUUUACCAACUUCAAUGCAGAUGCUGUGCAUUAAGCGUGCAAUUAAGUUUCUCGAAAGUUUGUACUGUACAACCAUGAUUUCAUUUAAUGUCCUUGUUUGUCUACGUUGUUUCUUUUGCUUUCCACUCUCUUUAUUUGUCGUUUUCACAUGAAUUUAUUAAUUGAAAAAAUCAUGAUUCAUGUAUCA